GCCUAGGGCUUGGCUGGAAGUCGCCAUCGACGGCGCUGAAGCCAAGAGAGUUGUCUUUGCCCUUUAUGCCGACACUGUGCCAAAGACCGCGGAGAAUUUUCGCCGGCUUUGUACGGGCGAGCAUCCAGGAACCACAGCGCGUGGGAAGCCAUUCCACUACAAGGGCAGCAUCUUGCAUCGUAUGAUUCCUGGUUUGAUGAUCCAGGGCGGUGAUUUCGAGAAUGCCAACGGGACGGGCGGAGAGUCCGUUUGGUCCCGGCGAUUCGCUGAUGAAGGCUUCAGAGACCCCGUCUCGCGACGAGGUCUUCUCUGCAUGGCUAACGACGGCCCCAACACAAACGGAUCCAACUUCUUCGUGUCCUUCGCGGAGGCAGAACACCUUCACAGGCGAUGGGACAUCCUCGAGUGUGAGAGAACCCGUGGAGCCCCAAAGCUCUCGGCAAGGCUGCAAACGUUUUGUGUGUGA